AUGAUUUUUGGAGUCUUGACAGUUUUCGCUAUUAUUUCCUUUACUAAAACCAAGUCACUUAAUGCUGUGUGGCAAGAAAGUUCAUGGGAUUCAACGUGGGAUACAUGGUGGCAUUACAAAGAAGGCGUAAUAGGAGGUCCAAGUCACUGGGGGCAGACAGCGCUCAUGGCUAUUACUAAUGACGUUUGGUCAGCUUGCUAUCAAGGAAAAAUGCAAUCACCAAUCAACAUCUCUACAAAGCAUUUAGUAUUUGAUACUAAUUUGGAACCGAUAAAAAUACUAGGCUUGGAUAAACAGAUUGACGUGGAGAUAGUGAAUACUGGACAGGAUUUACAAAUGAAGAUUCUUGAUUCAACAACGAUAAUUAUAUUCAGUGAAGGACCAUUAGUAUACGACUACAGACUGUUUGGUGCUAUUAUAAAAUUUGGUUCAAGAUCAAGUCGUGGUUCAGAUCAUCAAAUUGAUGGUAUUUCAUUCCCGGCGGAGCUACAACUAUAUGCAUUCAAUUACAUUUUAUAUCCAAAUUUUUCUGUUGCGCUAUCUAAGCCGAAUGGGUUGGCUGUAUUGUCUAUCUUCUGUCAAGUUGGCGAUCGGUCGUCAGCUGAUUUGGAAGCUAUAUUUUCUAUAGCAGAUCAUGUGCAGUUGAAAGGGCAGUUUAAAAAGCUUCACGGUUUGUUGUUGGAUGCAAUAAUACCAUCAACUGUUCACUAUAUGACAUAUCAAGGUUCCUUACCUUUUCCAGCUUGUUAUGAAACAGUCACUUGGAUUAUACUCAAUCAACCAGUUAUAAUCACGGAAACACAGUUAAAAUCUCUUCGUCGGCUUCGAAUUUCUUCAUUUUGGGAAUCUGGUAGAAUGGCUGAUAAUUAUCGAACAAUUCAGAAAAUUAACAGGCGCUCAGUAAGAACAAAUAUUGAUUUUGAACAAACUCAACCAUACUGUUCAAUGCAAUCUAGACGAUCUUACAUUGUAUCAAAGAAAACUGUUGAAAACUAA